CUCACCUUUUGAAACCCUGUCUAAACACACUGUUUUUUUUUUAUUAUAUGUAAAAUGUUUUGAAUUUUAGUUUACAACUCAAAAUUUCCACUUUCUUUCGGCCCUCCACGGCACCAAAUUUAGUGUCGGACAUUCAGCAGCAUGCAGGCUAUGUUGACUGGGGAAAGAUACUUAAAACUGUUCAGGAACUGCAGGAGUUUUUAUAGGCAAAACAAGACAAUGCUGCCACAUGAAUACCUCUGCGAAUCGUCCACAAGGGAACAGAGUAUCAAGACGUCAACUAUCCCUGCUCCGCCGCCGCCACCAACCCAUAGACCAUGCACCUCCAAGACACAACCUAGUCUCCACGCGCACCUCUCACUCUUCAGAACAAUCAACACUUCGAACUGGACAUCUGGCGGGAUCAAUGAGACACCCUACUCGUCGUAUCGUCCACCGCAGCCACCGCCAGUUCAUAAAGUUGCUGGCCCAAAAACCCGCCCUGAUAUCCCUCCUCCGCCACCGCCACCACCUCCUGCACUACCAGUCGGAGCACCCCGUAGACCGUACAACUGGAUGACACCAUCUAGGCACAGCCGGGACCUAUUCACAAAUCUCAUCACUGUGAGAUGGGCAUCCGGGAAGUGCACUGGUCCGCCGAAGGACCCGCCCACGGAGAAGCCGCCCUCGUUCUGCGAGUGUAUGCCAGAACCGCCGUGCUCGUCUGAUCCACCACCUUGUGAGAAGGUAGCACCGCUGCCACAAUCGAAGCCUCCGCCAAUUGACAAGGACUGCAAGGCGACUGAGGAGAGACUUCCAUGCCCUAAAAGAGAACCAAGGAAGGAAAAGAAAAAAAAGCAGCCUACCCAAGAAUCUUCGGCAAAAGCAUCCAAAGAUAGUGCAUCCAAAGGUAGUGCACCCAAGGCUACUCCACCUAAAGAUGCUCCCCCCAAAGCUGCUGCACCCAAAGAUGCUACCCCUAAAGCUGCUGUUACCAAAGCUGCUCCUCCCAAAGCUGCUGCUCCCAAGGCUGCUGCUCCCAAAGCUGCUCCUCCCAAUGAUGCAGCCCCUAAAGCUACUCCACCCAAAGAUGCUGACCCCAAAGCUACUGCUCCUAAAAGUGAUCCCACAAAAGAUGCUGCUGCCAAGGCUGCUGCUCCCAAAGCAGCUGCUCCCAAAGAUGCAGCCCCUAAAGCUACUCCACCUAAAGAUGCUGCCCCCAAAGCUACUGCUCCUAAAAGUGAUCCCCCAAAAGCUGUUGCUCCAAAGGCUGAUGCUCCCAAGGCUGCUGCUCCCAAGGCUGCGGCUCCCAAAGCUUCUCCUCCCAAAGAUACCGCCCCCAAAGCUGCUCCUCCCAAAGAUCCAGCUCCCAAAGCUGCUGGAAUUCCUCCUCCCCCACCGCCACCACCUCCUGGAGUACCUGUAAAUAAACCGCAGAAACCCCCAGUUGGUGCCGAACCAGCACCCAAACCCUCUCCCCCGCCCCCGCCGCCGCCACCACCAAUGCCACCUGCCGCUUCCCAACCAGGAUUGAUACAGUACAAGUCCGCUAUGCCCAAUUCCCCUAGUCCUUGUGAAAGGCCGCCAAAGGAAAAAGAGGAAGCAGGAGCCUGCACCACCGAAGAGUCAAAGGAGGAACCACAAUGUCCAAAAGAAGAGAAGGAGCCAGAAGACCCACCUAAUCCCUGCCUGUUGGCAUUUAUGGAAAGGAACCGUCUCAGUGGUAAGCCGCCACCAAAGGGAGGCUGCUAUGUGGUUAAGACCUCUCGCCGAAAAUCAGCAUGUCCUCGAGACAAAGAGGAAGCCAGCUCUGAAAGUAAGCCAUCUCCCAAAGAAGGAUCUAGCUCUAGGUGCAAGUCAGCUGCCAAGGAAACAGCCAGUUCUAAGUGCAAGUCAGCUCCCAAAAAAGAAGCUAGUUCUAAAGCGAAGCCGCUUCCCAAAGAGGGACCGAGCUCUAAACCGAAAACACCUCCCAAAGAAGGCCCCAGCUCUAGAUGCAAGACAGCUCCCAAAGAAGCAGCCAGCUCUAAACCGAAACCACCUCCCAAAGAAGGCCCCAGCUCUAGAUGCAAGACAGCUCCCAAAGAAGCAGCCAGCUCUAAACCGAAACCAUCUGCCAAAAGAGAACCCAGUUCUAAAUGCAAGCCCCAGCCUAAGGAAGGACCCAGUUCUGGCUGCAAACCCUCUCCCAAGGAAGGACCCAGUGCGGUAUGCAAGUCCUCUGCCAAAGAAGGAACCAGUCCUAAGGGCAAACCCUCAUCUAAGGGCCCUGCUGGUCCGGGAAGCAAGCCCCCUCCCAAAGAAGCUGCCAAACCCUCAUCUAAAGGCCCUGCCGGUCCUGGAAGCAAGCCCCCUCCCAAGGAAGGAGUCAAAACUGGAAGCAAGCCCUUAUCCACAUCACCGAGAAGUCCUGCGGGACAGUCCCCAUCCAAGGGACCAUCCGGCCCCGGCAAGCCACCCUCUCCUCAAACAGUCAGUAAGGCAAUGACCACAGCAGCAAUUGUGCAGCCUAAGGUCACGGCUAAUGCCCCACCUGCGCCGAAGCUCAAAGCUAAGGCGGCGCCUUCAAAGCCCAAGGCCAAGAGUCCUAAGACACCGCCCCCACCGCCGUCGAGCGUGGAGCCCUCGUCCAGCCAUUGCACCCAAGCCGGAGGCGAUCAGAGCCACUGUGAGGCAAAUAAAGCCCAGCUACUGUGUCAGCCGGUGGUGCCGCUAAAGGACACCAUCCAGCGAUAUCUGUGCAGCAUUCAACCGCACCUGGAGCCCGACGAGUUCGUGGAGGAGCAGAAACUAACCCUCGAGUUCCAAGAUGGCGAAGGCGCAAAGCUGCAGAAGAUGCUGGAGGAUGUGGCCUCGUGCAGCAGCAAUUGGCUGACACCGCGCUGGACAAAUGCCGCCUACUUGGGCUACAGAGCACCGGUUACCAUAUUCUCGAGUCCCUGCCUGACCUUGCCCAUGCAGGACUUUAGAACCGAACGGGACUACAGGCUGUUCACGGCCAAGGUGAUCUUCGGGAUGUGCGAGUUCAAGGAGAUGGUGGAUAACAAUGGUAUACCCGUGACAAAGAUGUGCUGCCAUGAUCUGGACAACAGUCAGUUUAGGAAGAUCUUUGGCACGGUGCGAAGGCCGGGUCGCUUUUGCGAUUCCAUCGAACAGAACAAUGAGUCCCAGUACGUGGUGGUCAUCCAUAGAAAUAAUUUCUUUAAGCUACCUGUCAUUGGCGCGGACUGCAAGAUUGUUCAUGUCCACAGUCUGGCCGAUCAACUGGGGAGCAUUCUCCACUGUCCCAUGGAGAGGGGCGUGCCCAUUGGCCUCCUCACCCACGACAAUCGCGACAACUGGGGCGAGGCCUACACGUAUCUCUGUCGUCCUGAGGGCAACAACGAGUCCAUUGUCCACGCCAUCGAGCAGUCGCUCUUCGUCGUCUGCCUGGAUGACUGCGUGAAUGUGCCCAGGAAUGGAGCUAGUGCCGUGCACGCCGCCCAGUUGUUGCAUGGCGGCGGUCGCCAUCAGAACAGCGCCAAUCGUUGGAUGGACAAGACGAUCCAGCUGAUUGUCAACCCCAACGGCAUGGCUGGCUUCUGCUACGAGCACGCACCCGCCGACUGUCAGCCGCUGGCCAUGCUCAUGGACUUUGUGCAGCGGAAUAUAACUCAACCAAAUUAUGGCUGCCAGUGCUGCAGCACCUCCAAGACGAAAUCAGCCACCGUACUCUGCUUUGAUCCGUUCAGCGAUUGCGUGGAUCUGUUCCUGUGCGAGGCGAAGCGCAACAUUGACAAGAUCUGCAGCCGGCUGCAGUUGCACGUCUUCAAGUACGAGUGCCACGGGAAGAGCUUCAUCAAAGCGCAAGGCUUGAAUGCGGACAGCUACAUACAGAUGGCCCUGCAGUUGGCCUACUACGAGUGCCACAGCAAGCUGCCGGCCCAGUACGAGUCGGCGCACCUGCGGAUGUUCGAGGAGGGACGCACGGAAACCAUACGCUCCACGUCCCGUGAGUCUCGCGCCUUUGUCGAGGCCAUGGCCCUGUCGCCGGGCUCCAACAAGAAGCGUCUGAUGGCGCUCCGCUCAGCAGUGGACUCCCAUCAGGAGCUGACCAAACUCGCCCUGCAGGGGCGGGGCAUCGACCGGCAUCUGUUGGGGCUGCAGCAGAUGGCCAAGGAGAACGGUCUGCCGACGCCCGAGUUCUUCAAGUCGAAGGGGUUUACCAAGUCGGUCAGCUUCCAGGUGUUCAGCUCCCAGGUGGCCAGCAGCCAUGAUGCCUUCAUGGCGUACGGGCCCCUGAUCGCCAACGGCUAUGGCUGCUGCUACAAUCCACGCGACAAGGAAAUUAUAUUCUCCGUCUCGGCAUGGGGCCCCAACAAGGAAACCGAUCCCGUGCGAUAUGGCAAGGCGAUAGAAAAUGCCUUGGAUGCCAUGAGAAAGCUGGUCCUCAAGACAGGUGGCGAUCGUGUGGGCGAAGAUGUCUGCAAGUGCCCCGAUGUGGGACCACCCCAGUAGAGCCAUCGCACACCUCAGGGCAAACCCACUUUCGCCAUCCUUCACUUGAUUUCUUCCACAGACGACUACGAGUAUAUGCAUGCGCUGAGAGCCGCUCUAAGUGGGUUCGGGUUCAGGGUCAGGGCCGUGCUUAAAAGCCAAAACAAUAAGCAUUACUCAUGCCCGAAACACGCUCUCCUCUGGCCAGGCCCGAUCGUGGUGGCGAUCGAGAGAAUACGAGUAUUAGCCUGGCUCGGGGAGAGAUUGCAGCCCACGGGGAUCGAGGGGAGAUCAGUCUCUUGUUAAUUAAUAAGUCAAUCGAGUCAGAUGCAAAUGUAAUAAUAUAUCAUACGACACACACCGAAAGAGAGAUUUUAAGAGAAAUAAAUGUUUAAAGAGAGA